GAGGGGAGUGGGAGAGAUCAGUGGGGGAAGAUGUGAACUCCCCCUUGGUGCUCUAGAAACUCAGCUCCCUGGGAGCCAGCACCUCAUUAGACUUGUUUACUGUGGUAUCUCCAGUGUCCUGCCAGUGCCUGGUAUGUGGUAGACUCUCAAAAACAGUUAACAGGACGAAGAGAGAUGGUCUCCUCUGGGAAGACAAGAGGACUGAGGUAGAACUGGAUGUCAUUUGUCCGAGUGAACCGUUACAGCUCCCGGGGAGGAGGAAGGAAAGCACUGAAAGUAAAGAAGAAAACGGCAGUGAAGCAAGAAUGGGAUAAUACUGUGAAUGAUCUAACAGUUCAUCGGGCAACUCCUGAAGAUCUGAUACGCCGACAUGAAAUACACAAAUCGAAGAAUAGAGCACUAGUACACUGGGAACUCCAAGAAAAAGCUUUGAAGAGAAAAUGGAAGAAGCAGAAACCGGAAAUUUCUAACCUUGAGAAAAGGAGAUUGUCUAUCAUGAAGGAGAUUCUUUCUGAUCAAUACCAGAUGCAGGAUGCAUUGGAAAAAUCUGAUCAUUUGAUGGCUGCAACCAAAGAUCUGUUUGUUGAUUUUCCUCGUAGGCGCACAGGGUUUCCGAAUGUAACAGUGGCUCCUGAUUCCUCCCAAGGGCCCAUUGUGCUAAAUCAAGACCCCGUCACCCAGGCCAUCCUUGAUGACUCUGCUGUGGAGCCUCAGGCUCUUAACGAAAUAGAUGAAGAAGAAGAAGAAACUGUUAACAGCCAGUCAGAGGAAAGUGAGAAUGAGUUGGAUAACUCUCUAAACUCUCAGUCUAACAUGAAUGCAGACAGGUUCCUUCACCAACUAAAGGAAGAUAAUUCUGAGAUAAUUAGUAAACUGUGGACUGAUAUUCAGCAGAAAAUAGCAACACAGUCACAAAUAACAAGCCCUCUAGGGACUCCAUCAUCCACCUCUCCAUCAGAGGAAAAAAAAGCUGCUCUGAAUGCGACCAAUGCUGUCAAGAGAGUCCACACCAGGCUUCAGCCUGAAGAAUCUUCUGAGUCUCUAGACUCCAGCUACGUUGUGGGACAAGUGCUGAACUCCAGGAAGCAAAAGCAGCUGUUAAAUAAAGUGAAAAGAAAACCGGAGUUGUGUGCCCCUUCCAAGCAGAAGGGAAACAUGCUGUCAUCUAGCACAGCCUCCACAGACUUAUCAAGUAGCACCAAUCCCAGCCUGGAUGUCCUCAAGCACAUGAUACAUGAAGUGGAACACGAAAUGGAAGAGUAUGAGCGGUCGACUGGACGCGAAGUCAAGGAACCUCAGAGCAGCCAGGGUCUUACAGGCUUCACCCUGUCACUGGUGAGCUCCCUCUGUCGCCUGGUUCGGUACCUUAAAGAGAGUGAGCUUCAACUGCGUAAAGAAGAAGAGACAAGGCAGAAACUGGAGCAGGCAUUAGGUGAUCAUCGAGAGCUCAUUGAUGCUCUGACAGCUGAAAUUCUACUUCUUAGAGAAGAAAAUACUGCUACCCAGGCGAGACUUCAGCAGUAUAUGGUCACAACAGAUGAGCAGCUUAUAUCGAUCACACAUGCCAUUAAGAGCUGUCCAGUGAUAAAUAACAACCAAGCAAGUCUGGCAGCAGAAAAGGGAGCCACGAGUAGUAAAAUUAUGGACAAUCCAGAGGCUUCAGUUGUAAAUGCUAAUGUCUCCAUGCCAUUGAUGUUUCGAGGGGAAGAAGUGCGUGAAUUCCCACAGGAAGACUUGCCUGUUAAACUAUCUCAAGUGCCAAACCCUCCAGAUAGUGUGAAUGUAGCCAACAAUUUUCCAGCACACAUAUUUGAGCCGGCUGUGUUGUUAACACCACCCCGGCAGAAGAGCAACUCAGAAUUCUCUCCUCUGCAGGAUGUAUUGAGGAGGACCGUUCAAACUCGUCCUGCUCCACGAAUUCCUCCAACUGUGGAAAUAAUUGAGAAGGAACAAAAUUGGGAAAAGAAGACCUCACCGCCCAGCACAGAUAUUCAGAAUUCAAGUGACGAGAGUCAUCUCUUCACCCAGAGGUGGAGGGUCUCUCACAUGGGAGAAGAUUUGGAAAACAAAACCGAGGCUCCUUUUGUCAACCUCUCACAGCCCCUGUGCAAUUCCCUCUCAAAUACUCAGCAACCCAGAAACCCUGCAUUCUCAGAAGAGCCCCCAGUACUGGGGGAUGGGCAACAGCUUAGAGCAGAUGAGUCAUUACUACAAAGAAAAAACAUCAUGGCACAAAUUGCUGAGUUGACACUGCAGAAUUCAGCUAUCAGGGCUCAUCUGAAUAAUAUUCUUUGGCCAGGGGGAGAGCAAGGGGAUGGACUUCGAGAGUUAAACAAACAGGGGACAAGUCAUACAAGCAACAUGAGUGCUACUUUUCCAGCAACACGGCCUCUAACACCAAAUAGCAUGGAGGAGCGGAUUGCGGAACUGAACCGGCAGAGUAUGGAGGCUCGCGGAAAGCUCUUGCAGUUAAUAGAGCAGCAAAAACUUGUUGGUUUAAACCCUUCCUCUCCACCGACAUCACCUAUUCAGUCACCUCUCAGAGCUUGGACUGAUUGGCCACAAAUUCCUGAUUUAAAAGAAGGAGGAAAGAGGACAAUUGAAGUAUCUGUUCCAGGAGCAGAGGCCCCAGAAACCUCGAAAUGCAGUACUGUCUCUCCUAUCAGUGGAAUAAAUUCAAGAAGAUCUUCAGGGGCUACUAGUAAUUCUUGUUCUCCAUUAAAUGCCACCUCGGGAAGUGGGCGAUUCACACCUGUUAAUCCAAGAGCAAAGAUUGAGAAACAAAAUGAAGAAGGCUGGUUCGCUCUUUCCACCCAUGUGUCAUAAGUGAGGUCAAGUGUGACCGUUUGUUUUCAGUGGUACAUUCUUGAGCUUCCAUUCCCCUUUCCCUGCUUUCAAGUUUUUGUCCUUCUUUCAGCUAAAACCUACAAAGAUCCUGUGACUUUGUACAAAUAGAACAAAGAAAUAAAGCAAUUAUUUUAUUUUUGACCUUACAAAUAGAUUUCCAACAACUAACCAACCUGCAACCUCCUGCAAAUAAAAUUUCGACUAUAGGGAAAUUAAAGUUUCAUAUGCUAGUAAUUUCUCAAGUACUUUAAGGUUUUCUUUCUACUUCUUCUUCUUUUUUAAUCCACAUUUGAGGAUAUUCUUUCCAGU